AUGGGUCCCUGUAUGGCCUCCCAUUGCUGCUGUCUCCAUCGCCACACUCUGCCAUGUGCCACUUUCAGGUCUCCUCACACUGCUGGUGGGUUCCAUUUUUGUCAUAGGGUGCUGUAUGGCCUCCCAUUGCUGCUCUGCCCUCCACCGCCGCACUGUGGCUCACACACUCUGGUUUUGGCCCCGUGACUGCCCAAAUGAGUGAAGUGUGCGGUGAUUCUAAGAUCGACGGCACUCAUCUGCAUGUCAUACUGACUGACAGUAUUAUUUCUCUUCCCCAGCAGACUCCAAGGGCAUUUUAAAUUAAAGGUACAGUGUUCUGCACUAAUAUAA